GCCCACCCGGAUCCACCUUUACCUAUAAAUCUCCCCACUCUCCACUCUUGCUUUACUUUGCUAAAUGUAUGCUACCUCUUUAAAAUUCCUCUCCCUCUCUCUCCAAUAAAGACAGAUCGAACCCACCAUUAAAACAAAUUAAUCACUGCUAUAAACUCUCAAAACCAGCUGCAGGCGGAAAAAGAAAAACAACUCGAGAAUUAUAGCAAAAACAUUUAUUUAAAGAUGGCUUCAUUAGAGAAAUCCCAGAAGUACCCGACCAUGCCAGAGGUGGUAGACGAACUAAAGAGAAUGACAGACAUAGGCUUUCCAAUAGCAGCCAUGAGCUUGGUGGGUUAUCUGAAGAACAUGAUUUUAGUUGUGUGCAUGGGAAGGCUAGGAAGUCUAGAGCUAGCCGGAGGUGCCUUAGCUAUCGGCUUCACCAACAUCACAGGCUACUCUGUCUUGUCAGGGCUGGCAACGGGGAUGGAGCCACUUUGCAGUCAAGCUUUUGGUUCAAGAAACUUAUCAGUAGCAUCUCAAACUCUACAAAGAACAAUUCUGAUGUUACUACUUGCUUCAUUACCGAUAGGCUUGGUUUGGGUGAACCUUGAACCUCUCAUGCUUACCCUCCAUCAAGAUCCUGAUAUAAGCAGACUUGCAAGUUUAUAUUGCCGAUUUUCCCUACCAGAUCUUAUUGCUAAUAGCCUCCUACAUCCUCUUCGCAUAUAUUUACGUAGUAAAGGGACUACAUGGCCAUUAAUGUGGUGCACUUUGGUCUCCAUUGUUCUACACCUCCCUAUCACUGUAUUCCUAGCCUUCACUCUUCAUCUUGGAGUCCCUGGAAUAGCAAUCUCCACAUUUAUUUCCAACUUUAAUAUCCUCUUGUUCCUUCUAUGUUACAUAUAUUUUACUCAUGUCCCAGAAGAGCCUCUGUAUGCGCCACUAUCACAGCCACAACCAUUCACACCAUCAUCAACUCCUUCACUGGGGAAAGAAUGGGGGAUUCUACUUCGACUCUCCAUACCAAGUUGUAUAGCCGUUUGUUUAGAGUGGUGGUGGUACGAGUUCAUGACUAUUCUAGCCGGAUACUUAUCCAAACCUCGAGUUGCCUUGGCUACAUCAGCUAUAGUAAUCCAAACCACGUCUCUGUUGUACACAUUGCCUACAGCACUUAGUGCAUCAGUCUCAACUCGAGUGGGCAACGAGCUCGGAGCAGGGAGGCCGGGGAAAGCACGUUUGGCGACGACGGUGGCCAUAGGACUAGCGCUUUUGAGCUCAUUAUUCGGCUUGAUACUGACCACGCUAGGGAGACAAGCAUGGGGUAGAGUUUUUACAGGAGAUGAUGAAGUUCUUGAAUUAACUGUAAUUGUAUUACCGAUAAUUGGAUUAUGUGAGCUAGCAAAUUGUCCGCAAACAACAAGCUGUGGAAUAUUAAGAGGAAGUGCUAGACCAGGUAUUGGGGCAGCUAUAAACUUUUACUCGUUUUACCUGGUGGGUGCACCAGUGGCCGUAGUCCUAGCCUUUGUUUGGAGAUUAGGGUUCGUGGGUCUGUGUUAUGGACUACUAGCGGCUCAAAUUGCAUGUGUAGUCUCAAUUUUAACUGCAGUGUACAAAACAAACUGGGAAAGAGAAUCGUCAAAGGCUAAAGACUUAGUGGGCAAGAAUGAUACGUUAGCACAUGCAGACCCAACAGUCAAAUGUGAAGAAGGAGAAGAAAUUGGAGUAGGGUUUAUGACCACCAAAACAUGCAAUUGAUUUUGAAAAGUUCAGAAAUAGAAAAAUAUAGAAAGAGAUUUUCUGGAAGGAAAGUAAAAGGGAAAACACAUACAACAAAUUACGGCAUUAACAGGACGACAACCCCCACCCCUCCUCCCCCCCCCCCCCCAAGAAAAUAUCCAACUACACUUUUCAUCUUCAUCAUUUUCAAUUCAUAUAUACUACAUAAAUAUAUUUGUACCACUGGUUUACCUUAUUGCUUUGUCUUUUCAGAAUUCUUUUCGUCCCUUUUGUCAUUAUGACCUUCACAACAUGAUCCUAGCUAUCCAAACGUGGUGAUAAAGAAUUCAAAAUUAAAAGUAAGGAUAUAUGCAGAUAUGUAUGUUGGGUUCUCUCCACUCUUCACCACUGUUUCUUUGGACAUGUCUACAGUUACAUACCUUCAAUGUACAUCUAAUAUCUCUUUUCAAUCGUCUUCUUCCUCUUUUCUCUUUUUCAUUUUGUUAACUUUCUUCGUUUACUAAAUCUUUUAUUAGAGCAAAUAUAUAUAGAGAGCUAAAUGCCUUUUGAUUUUCUUCUUAGUACAGAAUGUUACGGACCUCUUUUCUGAUAUUGCCAAUAAACUGGUCCAUGUUUGAAAAGUAUACCUUGAGAGUUUGGCUCAGACAGGUGCUGUGUCUGUUGGGAAGCCAAAUUACAUUAUAUCAGUGGAUGGGACAAAAACCAGUACACUAUAUUUUAUUUUGUAUGUAAUCAAUUGCAAAUUUGAGAA